CGACCGACCACCAUACACCGAGUUACGCGAGCCGCACCAAUAAUUACUCCUAGAGUACUAUUGGAAGACCAAAGCAAUCAUGUCGAAGAUUACGGUCGCUGGUGUGCGUACCAACGUGCAGGAACUGCUCAAGUACUCCAACGAGGAGAAGAAGCGCAACUUUCUCGAGACUGUUGAGCUCCAGAUCGGCCUCAAGAACUAUGACCCUCAGCGUGACAAGCGUUUCAGCGGCACCAUCAAGCUGCCAAAGAUCCCGCGCCCAAACAUGAGCAUCUGCAUUCUCGGUGACCAGCACGAUAUCGAUCGUGCCAAGCAUGGAGGAGUGGACGCCAUGUCUGUGGAGGAUCUCAAGAAGCUGAACAAGAACAAGAAGUUGAUCAAGAAGCUCGCUCGCAAAUACGAUGCAUUCAUCGCUUCCGACUCCCUCAUCAAGCAGAUUCCUCGUCUGUUGGGACCUGGUCUCUCCAAGGCCGGCAAGUUCCCUACCCCCGUCUCCCACGCUGAUGACCUUUCCGGAAAGAUCGCCGAAGUCCGCUCGACCAUCAAGUUCCAGCUGAAGAAGGUGUUGUGCAUGGGUGUCGCUGUUGGAAACGUGGACAUGACCGAGGAUGAGCUGAUUGGCAACAUCAUGUUGGCCAUCAACUACCUCGUGUCUCUGCUCAAGAAGGGCUGGCAAAACGUGGGCAGCUUGGUCAUCAAGGCCAGCAUGUCCCCACCUAAGCGUCUCUACUAGAUGCAUUUCCUCUGAUGAGGCGAUCGCAGAGCUCGCUCCACGUUUGAGUGAGCGGGAGGCUUUCUGGGCUGCUUCGAGCGCAUGUCUCUAUCCCCAUUGAUAAAAUAGUGCUGCUCGCCUUGACUGGUUGAGUAGUCAAUAGAGCCUCGAAUCAUCCAGAUCUGCGAAACUUUGUCUCUUUGUCGUGAAAAUUCGUGGUAAAAUGCAUGCUAUUUGAAUCGAG